AUGAAGAAGUUCCUCGGAAAGGUGCAGGACAAGUUCGAUGCGGCUGCGGCUGGCCGAUUCGAUCAAGCUGGUUCUUCAGCACCAGCUAACUCGCAGGCACCGCCGCCUACCUCGGUCGAUGCUCCACCCACUAGACGAGAUAUCUAUCUGCAUCGAAAGCAGCGUGGUGUCAAUCUCGGCUCGUGGUUUUCUCUCGAGGGCUGGCUCACGCCUUCGCUCUUCCAAAAGGCGAAAGAGCCCAAGGGUAGCGAGCUCGAUGUUGUCGCCGGCAUGGACCCCAACGAGGCCAAGAGUAUGCUCGAGAACCACUGGGAUAACUUCAUCAACGAUGGUGACCUCCAGUGGAUGGUCGACCACGGCAUCAACACUGUUCGCAUUCCCGUCGGCUACUUCCACUUCCUCGCCGGCCAUCCCAACGAGCAGAUUCGUUCCUUGCUCCAGGGCACAGAUUACGAGAAGUUCGGCUUCAUCUACCAAGGUGCCUACAGCCGCAUUCAGCGCGCUAUUGAGUCUGCAGCUGGUCGCAAUGUCGGUGUGCUCGUUGACCUUCACGGUGCACCCGGUGGUCAGAACGCCGACGGUCACUGCGGUGUAAGCGGUGGCAAGGCAUCACUCUGGAACUCCAGCAACGAUCAGAGGAAGACCGUCGAGAUCCUCAAAGCCAUGGCAUACGAGUAUUCUCGCUUCGAGAACGUCGUCGGUCUCGAACUUAUCAAUGAGCCCAAGAACUCGGGCAAGCUGCAAGGCUUCUACGACGAUGCCAUCGCCCAGAUCCGAUCCGUCUCGCCCGAGGCUGCUUCCCUCCCACUUUACCUCGGCGACGCAUGGGACACCAACCACUACACAGGCUAUGUCGGACAACGUGCUGCCGCCAACAACUUCCUCGUCACCGACUAUCACCUCUACCGCUGCUUCACACCCCAGGACCACUCGACGCGCUGCGAAGACCACGCGCGCAAGCUGCAUCCCGGCACCUCGCCAAACCCUACCAACACCGAUGGCUGCGGCGAGACGGCUGGCUGGCUGAAAAGCAUGUCACAUCGCUGCGGUGGCUCGCUCAUCAUCGGUGAGUGGAGCGCCGCCCUCAAUCCUUCCUCCCUCCACCACCUCGGCGGCGAGGACCAGCAGCGACCCGCCAAGGCAGAGUACGCCCACAACCAGUGGAAGAGCUACGACAAGUUUUGCGCUGGCUACUUUUUCUGGACGCUCAAGAAGGAGGGUGCGCCCGAUACGGGCUGGGGCUUCUACUCGGCCGUCGAGCGCGGUGUGCUUCCGCAGCACCUCGAUCCGCAUCGUGGACAGAGAAAGUCGGUUCAGGAGAUCGAGGGCGCACGACAGGGUGCGCAGGAGGGCGCGCUGUCGAGUCACGCGGGCUACUGGGAUCAGCAAAAGGGCGGACCGUACGAGCACUGGCGCUUCGCUGAGGGGUUCUAUCUCGCUUGGGCCGACUCGCUCGAGUUUAUGAAGGCGGAUGAGUCGAACGAGAUUGGAUUCGUGGGGCAGUGGCAGAAGACCAGGACGGCUGCGCAUGCACAGGCCAAGGGACAGGGCAGCAAGUUCGUCUGGGAGUUCGAGCACGGCUACCUCCAGGGUCUGUUGGCGUUCAAGUCUGCUGCCUAUCGCUGA